CUUUUGCGCAUGCAUGUUUUUAGCAGCCUGCUUAUGAUCAGUUAUAUUGAAAUGUGAUGAUCGUUGGCGUAAAAUUGUGAUGUAAAAACCAGUGGAAUUAACCUUGUUAUGAUCGUAAGACGACAAAUAAAUUUGGAGUAGGGCUAGUUGUACCACUCUUAAUUACUUUUAUCAACAUAGUUUGGGGCUUCUUGUUCUAGCUAGAAAACGUGAUCAAUUUGUGGACCAUCCGCAAGAAAGGGCUGAGGACAUGGGGCUGUCAACCGAAGAAGCAUACGAUAUUCUGGGCAUCCCGAGAGGAUCUGAAGAGGAAGAGGUUAGAGCUGCAUAUAAAAAAUUAGCAUUAAAAUGGCACCCUGAUAAACAUAGUAAUUCAGAUUCAGCAACAAAGAAAUUCCAAGAGGUUUCAGCAGCGUAUAAACGCCUGACAUCGGACGAGCCUGAUGAUGGAAGUGAAAUCAUAUUGUCACCAUCAGAGAUGUUUGACCUCUUUGCUAGGAUGUUUUUCCAUGCUAGAUUUAAUGAUUGUUAUGACAGUGAUGAUUUUGAUGAUGGCAGUGAUUAUUCAAAUGAUGAUGACUUCUUCAAUGAAGAGGAUGAUGAUAUAGAAUUUAUUCACUACUUGGCAAACAACUGUGGUCGAGGAAAUUUUAAACAUAAAACAGAGAACUUUAACAUAACAAAGAAUCGGCCCUCUGAAAGUGAAGCAAGAAAAAAUGCCGAGGAGCUUGUCAAGGAGGAGGAAAAACAACGAAAACAGCGAGAAAAGAAAAGGGCAAAGAAAAAGAGACAAAAAGAAAAGAAACGACAAGAAAAAGAAUCUAACGAAAAAGCUAAAAAUACAGAAACAAGUGAAGACAUAAAUGAAGAAAAUAUAACACAAAACAAGGAUAAAGAACCAUAUAUAACAAAUGAAAACCAUUAUAGUGAAAAAUCAAGUUUAGGUGAAAACAAUCCAUCUAAGUCAUUUGAAAAUAAAAACCAAACAAAAUAUGCAGACAAAAAAAGCAAAGAUGAAAACGUAGAACAAAAUCCUCUUCAAAAACAGAUGCAUAAAAAUAAAAAAGAUUCAUCAACAACAAAUAAAAAACAAGACGCACACGGAAAUACAGGGCAGAGUGAUGAAGAGGUACAGGGGUGGGACACACAAAGUGCUUUUUUCGCACGGGCUGCUGCCACGGCAACAAAAAAGAUUACAACGAAUCAACCAAGUUCGGGGAAAAAGAAAGAUAAAAAAUCCAAGGAGCAAGGGGAGAGUAUUGAAGGGAUGGACCCAAUUGUCCUUAGGAGCCGACAAGUUGCUGUGAAAGGGAAUGAGAUGGCUAACCAAGGACUGUAUAAUGAUGCUAUUCAACUUUUUACUGAAGCUAUCAAUCUUGAUUCAAAAGAUUUUAGGUUUUUUGGCAAUAGAUCUUUCUGUUAUGAUCGAAUGGGACAGCAUGAUAAGGCAUUAGAAGAUGCUAAAAAAGCAAUUCAGCUAAAUAAAGAAUGGCCGAAAGGUUAUUUUAGAAAAGGAAGAGCUCUUGCAGGCUUAAAACUUUAUUCCGAUGCUGAAGCAGCAUUUGAACACGUUUUAAAACUUGAUAAAGAAUGCGAUGAUGCAAUCCAAGAACUAAUACGCGUCAGGACUCACCAACUUAUUGAAAUGGGUUUUUCAAGACAGCAAAGUGAAGCUGCCAUCCGACAAUUCACGUCAGUGCAAGCUGCGUUGGAUUCUUUGCUCAGCGGAAUGGUACCCCAAAGUACAGAGUCUGAUGAAGAAAUAUAUAUAUCUGAUGAGGAGGAUUAUAUAAUGCAAACUCUUCAAGAAAAUAAAAUAGAUGCUCGUAAUCCAGAAAACUUAACAUCAUUGUGGAUAGGGAAUGUUCAACCAACUGUAACAGAAAAACAUUUGCAAGAGUUAUUUUCACAAUGGGGUGCAGUGACAAGUAUUCGUAUGCUACCCGAAAAAUAUUGUGCCUUUGUGAACUUCAAGUCAGCACCAUCUGCCAGCAUGGCCCUGGAGAAACUACAAGGCAAAGAUUAUCACGGUCGCCAGUUACUAAUAAAGUUUCCUGACAACCCAAUUGUGUCGGGCCAGCCUAGGACCACUGUCAUACGAAAAAACGUCAAACCAACUGCUGCUACUGCUAGUGCUGCUGCUGCUGCUACUGCUAGUGUUGCUGCUGCUGUUAAACCUGUUCAGAAAGCUGCUCCACAGAAAAUUCCGGAAGCUGCCAUAGCAAAGCCUGUCUCCGGUCCAGACCUUGACAAGUCAAAGGUGAAAGGACCCGUGAAUGGCAAUGAGUGUUAUUUUUGGCGAACAACUGGAUGCGCAUUUGGAAAUAGUUGUCGUUAUACCCACACUCCAGGCACUAAGGGUGUCGAUCGUAAACCCUGGCAAAAACCGACAGCUUAACAGCAACAACACUAGUUAUCAACUUGUUUAAUAAUUUAUAUCCACACAUGAUUUAUAUUAUAAAUAUAUGUAUUCGUUGUUGGCUUUAAAAAAAUAUUGCACUACUGUGAAAUCAUUUUCCCCCCAGUUUUAACAGAUUUAUUAAACAAUAUAAAUAUAGGUCUUCUAAUUAAAGAUACCUUUUUUCUCUUCUAUCAAAUGUCUAUUCUUUAUUAUUCUAAUUAGAGACCAAAGCUGCUAAAGACCAUGGAAACACUGGUCUUAAAAGUGUCUUUAAUUAGAGGGAGACCUGUAAUUAAAAUGUAAUGCGAGUUAUUGGAACAAACCAACGUUUAAUAGAUAAUAAAUCCUAGUAAAAAAUGACACAUCCCACCUUGAUAAAAAUCAAUGCUCCCUAAUUCAUGUUAUGGUCAAGAUAUUUAAAGUGUUCAUGGUUGGAGACUGAAGAUGGAAAACAAAGUAUAUUUUAAAUUUGUUUUAUUUCAAAAAGCUAACAAAAUCUAACAAGGUAUGCAUUUUGUAAUUUGGUUGAAUGUGUAACAAACACAGUACAUUUCAGUUGUGCUGGACCAUGCAAGUUAACAAAUACUGAUCUUUCCUGUUAUAAUCGAUUAAAUAUUUUGGUAUGAAGGAAACCUUACCAAAUGACCAGAUUUCAAGUGUAAUGCUACUUAUUUAUUUACGUAAUAUUCACUAUAUAGUUUGCCUCAAUUAUAGUUUAUAUAAUAAUUCCUCAGGUAUAAGCCCACAUCCCCCCCCCCCAUCUUUAAGCACCAGGGUAUCAUUGUCAUUGACUCUUGUAAAUACUGGUCAUACAGUGUUGAAAACUUUCCUUUUCAUAGGUUAUCCCUACAAAUUAUAGGACAUAUUGUCAAGAGAAGAUUCCCUGGGUAUAAAUGGCGCUUAUACCAGAGGAAUUACAUGUGAAAAGCUAUGGUUUAUGACUGCAUGAUACAAUAACAAUAAUACAAUAUAAAUUGACAUAUUUAAAUUGACAUUUCCAUGUUCAGUAUUAAGUCUGGAUAUAAAAAUGUAGGCCUCAAUGGAAUUAUAAAAUGGAAAUGGCUAUUUAAUCCGCAUUAGACAAUGAAUUUUACUUGUGUUAACAAAAUAAUAAUAAAAACAAGCGAGUUGUA